AUGAACGCUCGAGCGCAAGUGUUUGAAUUGUCCGUGGAAGGACGGCAAAUCGAAGAGGCAAUCUUGAGUAUAUUUCACUCCAUUUUGCUUCACCGAACGUCUGGGAAGUUUAGUUACAAAAGAGAGGGUUCUUAUACCAUCGGAACUAUUGGUAUGGUUGAUGUGGAUUGCGAUUUUAUAAACUCAACUUACGUUCGCGUGGAUUCUGACGAAUUACACCGUUCGUUAAGAAGACAAGUUGCUGAAUUUAGGGAAUCUUUAAAGUGUCCUGAGGGCUUGAGGAGUGGACAGAUAUCUAUAGAAUUUUAUCAGAAGAAGAAAGCGCGUUGGCCGUUUGGAAUGGAAAAUAUCCCGUGGGAAAUUUGGACUGUAAAACUGAAUGUCGUCACUUUAGCUAAUGAACACGAACGACAAAUCUGUCGGGAAAAGGUCGGCGAAGCUCUCGCUGAGAAAAUAAUCUGUAUCGCUGGAGUAAUGAACAGACCAGAGUAUGUCCCUAAAAUGCCUAAUCAAUCAGAUGUAGCUAAUGUGUUUGAUGUUAGUUUCAAGGAAGUUCAGCCUUACCUUCAUAAAUUUAGUUAUCAGGCUUCCGACCAACCUUCACAGUCUGUUGGAACAACCAUGAGGAGACUUCUACUUGACACUUUUUCCUACUAGUAUAAUUUUUCAUCACAGUAGAGGCACAUUAUCCAUCUGGCGAACGUUUGUCAUUUAUAGCUUCUCUGGUUGUAAUUUUUCAUCUCAUCCGGCCUUGUCUUGUUGCCUAGAGGCAUUUAUCGGCGAAGAGGAACUUUCAUUAAAGGAUGCCAGAUUGUUUUAGGGUGAUUAAAAAAAAAAGGAGAGAAAAAUUGGACUUCUCUCCUAAGUUGAUACCUAAAGGUUAAUUCAUCUGUGUGCUUCAAAGGGCACUCACAAAAAAAUCGAAUUUUUUCUUGGAGUCAGUAGGGAGAACUGUGGAAGGAUGCUUUUCUGUAUUACUGAAUCCUGACAUUUAAAAAGUGAUCUUCUUUGCAUGAAGCAAUGACUCCUUGAUUAGGAAUGUAAUUUGAAGGGGGAAAUUGCCCUACAGGAAGGUUUUUAAAUUAAUAGAGAAGUCAUAAAGAAAUGGUAUCAAGAAAGAAAGCUGCAAUAAUAUUGAAUUUAUUCCAAAGUUUCUAUCUUCAUUCCUGGAAGUUUUAGAUGUAGAAUGUGUGUAUGUAUUUAUGGUGGUUCAGUUUUUGUCAUGAAAGAUAUUAGGGCCAUUUAUACGAAGAAAAAUAAGAUGCGUCUUACAUAAGACGCGAACUUUCUGUAUAAACGGCACAUUUCGCCUAAAAUAAGACGCAGCUUAGCUAAGACGCGUCUUAUUAGAUAAGACAUGCUCGUAUAAAUGGUACAGUUCGCAUCUUAUUUAAGACGCGUCUUAUUUUCCCUCGUAUGAAUGGCCCUAUUGUUCAUAAUGGAUAAUGUGUGUAAAGGGUUUGUUUUGUUUGAAACUCAUUAUAAUACAAUAACCAUACCCAAAAUCAAAGGGAAAAUGUAAUAAAAGUGAACUAAGGACAAACUUGCAAGACUUAAAUUGUAAAUGUCAAGAGUACUAUCCUUGCAGAAAGAAAAAUAAAAUCAUUCGUUUCCCCAGAAAGAAGUAGCCAGUGCAAUUUUUGCAUCCAAAACAUAUCCACAUAUUGAACAACUGGGGCCAAUUUCCUGGAAAAAGAUACCCUAUUCUAGACCUGUCUAGACCAAAGAACCCUGAUUUCUAUUCCCUAUCCCAGACGAAACUGCUUGAAAACAUACCCUUCACACCAAGACUACCAAUAUAGCCCAUAUAUGGUGGUUGCACCUCCUCAAAAGUUAGUCUGUUCCAGGUGUUCAGUUAGUUAGCUAGGUGUAAGAUCCCUGGGGGAACCCUCACAUGAAUGGGGCGGGGAUGCUCGUCGCAAAUUUUGAACUAAGCCCCUAAAGAAGACCAAUCUGUGCAUAGCCCAACCUUUUUUUUUACCCUGAGAAGAGACCAUUUUAAACUUUGAUUACAUGGAUUGAGUAAAUAAAACGAAUUGAAAAUAUACAAUUUUUGAAUAUUUCUCCACACUGGAGCCUCUAUUCAUCCUGUUUGCGCACAAUCCUAAAAGAGACCUUUACGGCUGAAUAUAAUACCGUUUUGACCAGAGCACCCUAAGUGAGACCAAAAUCCGAAAUUUACACCCCUAAGCAAGACAACGAGCAUCCCCACCCCUUUCCCCGGGGUUCAGAUGUACUAGAUAGCAGUAGUAUAGUAGGGAACUUUGUCGUUUUUCUCAGUUCCCCCUCUGUUUUCCCCCUCUCCCCACUAUCUGGAUCUGAUCCUUGAUCAGGCUAUAAGCCAGUGAGUUCCUCAAAUUUAAGGAUUCUAAGGAAAAAAACAUAAUAUGACUUUGAUGUCUUGCAAAUUAUGAAUAGACCAUUUUACAGUAAUGUGUUAACCUGUGUACAGAAUGCCCCUCCCCUCACGACCCCCUCCCCUCAGGAAUAGCCCCUUUUCCGAUUUUUCCUGAGAACGGGGGCAGGGGGACUGUACACAGGCUAACAGUUGUGGGCUUAGCUGACCUCAGCCUUUGAGUCAAAUGCAAGGCUGAUCCCCGGGGGGGGUACUCCCAUACAUUACCUAUACGGAUAUGUGCCACCCAACGGGGUCGUGAUUUUGAAGCUCCUGAUUUAGAACGCGGUACCCAUUUCAGAGGCGUUUUCUAGAACGGGGUAUUAUAUUUCGAACGCACGAAAGCUCUAGUUUUGUAAGCAGCCAUUUGAAAUUAUUCAAGGACAGAUUGCUUUUAAAAAUACGGUUCAAUGCGUUAACAAUGCAAACUUGUAGUUGUACUCUUUGCACCCUAGAACGGAGUAUAAAAAAUUGGCCCAUUUCUAGAACGGUGUAUCAGUUUUAGGGCGAAUUCUAGAAUGGGGUAUCAAUUUUAGGGGAAAUUUUUUUUAGAACGGGGUGCCAAUUUGGAGUCCCGGGCGGCACAUACCCACCCAAAAAAUACCCAAGUGCCCCCCCCCCCCCCCCGGGGGGGGGGGUGCGGGGUGGCCUUUUUUUUUAUCAAAUUAAAGACAAAAGACACCGUAAUUUUUUUAAAAAAACCCCAAGGCCCCCCCCCCCCCCCCGGGGGGGGCUGAUCGAGGUUGACCUUCUUUUGAUACAAUUAAAGUCAAAAGGCUACUGUAGUUUUUUACUGUUUUGUUUUGAUACAAACCUUCUUUGUUUUCUUAUGGAAAUUAUUCUGAAAAAUACUGGUUAGCAUAAGAACAACAUGAUUUACAUAAGAAAUCAGGAAUAAGGUCAACUCCAGCCUCGUUGCCAUUAAUUUUCUUAAUAUUCAACCCCGCUAAACUUCUUGAUUGAUUGUGACGUCAUCAAGUUAUUUGCCUCGGGCGAGAACCCGGUCAGCCCGGUCAGAAAUUAACAAACAGCUGAACCAUGGUUCAUAAGUCAGCGUCGACAGCUUGGAAUUGAAAUGUAGCCUUCUAAUAUGACGGAGCUUUGUAGAAAGUUUGGACUUGACGUUGACAGCGCCAUAAGUCAGCUCCUGGACUACAAAAACAACCCGGCGACGCAGGUAGGCGAGUUCAUAUGAGCGUCAUCUCUCUUUUAAACAUGGCUCUGUGAAAUAGUUUUACCGCAGAGGGACUUUGAUUAUCAGGACAAUAAAGCCAGUUUCUUUUGUUAUUGCAGAAGUGUUUUCAUAGAAUUUUGUCGAAGACAAUGGCAUAUCAUCUUUUUUGAAAUACCUUAAAAUUAUUUUUUCUAAGCUUAUUAUCUAUUAUCAACAUUAGAAAAGUACAUGCAGUUCUUUAGCACGACCGCCAUUGCAAAUUAAACUUUGCAUGAAGGUUUGCUUAAAAAAAAAACUGUGCGAUUUGACUUCCAGGUUCAGCUUCCAGAAGGGACGAUACGUUUACUAUGUCAAGUGUCAAGGGAGGUAUUCAUGCAGGAAGGCAUGUUAUUGGAGUUAAAUGCGCCAGUUAAUAUUUUUGGAGAUAUUCAUGGACAGUACGAUGAUCUUUUGAGACAUUUUGACAAGCUAGGUUAUCCACCAGAUUGUUCUUUUUUGUUCAUGGGAGACUACGUAGACAGGUUUGUAUGGAAAAUUCAUUUUAUUUAUUUAUUUACUGCAAACCGAUAAUUAUAAUUGCCAAAACAAACAUUUCAUUUUUGUGAGCAUUUUUUAAUGCCUAAAGUACGUACCCUGAGGGCAGUGGCCCUUCAAUCUUCCUCGAUAAGAUGGCUCAUCUAGGAAGAUCGAAGGGCUUCUGCUUGCAAUUCAAGUUCCAAAAUUUCUGCAGUGUAAUUAGAGCCAUUUGGAGUUAAUGCUGUCACCAUUGGCUCCUCAAUGGUUUGUUAUUCGUUGCAGCAAAAAGAUCUGACCUGAUCUGAUCUGAUAUGGAUCGUUGGUUACAGGGGCAGAUCCAGGAAUUUUUUAUUGGGGUGGGUGGGGUCCAAACGUUGGUUCAGGAAGGACUGUUGAAUUUUUUUGUGACCAGCUGAGAAAGCAGAGACAACCAUGUGUUUCUCUAUUUGUGAACGCCAGUCUCUGUUGGUGCGGGAAAUAUUGCUUUGGAGCAGAGGCGAGCAGAUCGUAGGAGGGUACCCAAAAACAAUAACAUUUUUGAAUAUCCCUGGCAUUAAGUUUAGUGGCAAAGUGCAGCGCCUGUUUCAUUAACAAAAAUCAGCCAGUUAAAAAGUGAUAUAUGAUCCUGCCAUAGUAAGAAUUUCAGUCUCAAACAAGUGUCAGGUCUGAUGGAGGGAAAGGGGGGGUCCAGACCCCUGGACCCUUCCCCUGGAUCCGCCACUGCUUUACUCCCAUGUCCAGAGAGAAUUUUCAAUGUAACAGGGAACUUGAUUGCUUACAUCUAACAACUUCCCUGCAUGAGACUGAAAGCUGGUUUCAGCACUGUUCAAGGUUUAUGAUAAACAAAUCGGAGAGGCUACCCUCUUGUGUUCUUUUAAAAGUCCAGUUCAUUAGGCUCUAACUUAGAACUUAUCUACCAAAAGGAAGUAUUUUGAGUGAAUUAUGUGAUAGUUUCCUGUUAUGCAUUGUCAUCCUGGACUAAGUUCUGCAGUGUUGUUUAUAAGAAAGUUGUUGAAUUCCCACCAAUGUUGAAUGGUGCAUUCUCACAAAUCUUGAUCUCUAAAAGAAAGAGUUGUAGCUUUAAUUGUAUAGCCACACAAUAAAUUAAUUAUGGAAAAUUGUUUUGUAUUCAUUAACCCAUUCACCCCUGAGCUGCCCAUGUGGAUCCACAUCCCUUCUACAGUGCUUGUCAUCAGUUUUAAUGGUCAUGGACAACAAGCCCGAGGAUUUCACGGUAAUGAUCGUUUCCGGUACCGUGUCGUUACUGUGAUCCUAAAAUAAUGGAACUAAAAAAUAGUUUCCCAGUAACAUGUCCUGAUAUAUUCAGACUGAGGGAUCAAAAUACACAAAUAUAGUGUUUUUUUCCACACGUACAGCAAUCCUUUAUCAGUCCGGAAUAUCCCUAAAUUUAAGGACAGGGCCAACUGGUCACGCAACACUUUUCAACCAAUGAGAAGGGGCGCUUGUGUUUAUCAACAAACAAAUCAAAACAUCGCCCCAGUGAUCAAAAAUUUUCAAAACAACGGACAGAGUCGGACAGAAUUAAAGAUGAGCUUACAGUACUCGUCUACGUUUCACAUUUAAUAUUUCAAAGAAAACAUUUUAUGUAAGAGAAUAAGAGCAUUAUUCGUUGCAAGGAAUCAUUGGAGUGUUCGAACUAAUUCCGGACCGAUCGCAGAGGUCGUGGCUUCACUGGCAUGGCUUGCAAGAUUUUUGAUAGAAGCAAACUGGUCCCGGGUAAAAAUAGCCUUACAGAGAGAGUGAAAAUUUCUUGACAUUGUACCAAACAGGAUUGGUACUACCUAUUAACUUCUACAGGACAAGAAUCAAAGAACCAGUCAUCCUAACAAGAAUAAAAAGUAGUUCAAAUUUAUUAAUUUUUCUUUUUUGUUUUUUUGUGUUGUUUCGUGUUGACUUCACGCAUCUGGUGCUUACUUUGCUUGCUGUAGUACCUUCAAUGUUUUAAUUUUAUCCCAGAUAAUCAGUGAAUGUUCAAUGAGUAGCGAAAUACAUCAUUUACACUUGAAAUUUGCCCUCUUUCUUUGAUUGUUUUUUAACGGUGGAUGAACAUUUGGAGAAUCCAACAACAUUAAAUCUUUCCAGAUUUGGUGAAACAAAGCGGUUAGUAUCUACCUUGUGCUUAUGAUCUUCAAUUUCAUCCCCGCAAAUUCAGCAAAGUGAGGCGAGGUGUUGGACGUGAAUAUCCAUGAGACUAAUAAAGUUGUUUUGGCCUUGAAAAGAAAAAAGGCAAAGGCUCGUACUAAUGCGAAAAAAAGUAAUAACACGGCUCUGUGAGAAACCUGGGAGUGGAAAACGUACGUGUUUUGGACCUCGGAAUUCAAAUAUUGUCUACCAAAAUUCUAGGUUGCCUCAACAUGAUAAAAAUUAAUCAAUACGACAAUUGAGGAAAAAUAUCUAGAACUUCGUAAAAAAUCUGUGAAUCGAAAAAAUAAUAGGUACUUGUUCACCUACCUUGAAAACCAAACAAAAUCUUGCCUAUACAUCGCGUUGUUUGAAAGAAGAAAUAAGCCACAAAAUGUGCUUAAUAUUUCACGAGACACUUCCAAUAUGGCUUCCGAUACGCUGCCCACUUAAAAAAAUUGUGUAUGCCUCAUGAAAAGUCUUUAAAAUAUGCCUGAGAGCCUCGAAAUGUUGACUGAUUCUGUCCGACUCCGUCUGCUGUUUUGAGAAUUUUUGAUCACUGGGGCGAUGUUUUUAUUUGUUUGUUGAUAAACACAAGGGCGCCUUCUCAUUUGUUGAAAAGUGUUGCAUGACCGGUUGGCCCUGUCCUUAAAUUUAGGGAUAUUCUGGACUGUUUAUGACUCAGCUUGUGUAUAAAUGAAAUUUGAAAAAAACAACAUUACUGUUUUUCUAUCAUCUACCGGCCAUCUUGAAUCGUUCACAUGUUACUGAUGACUCACGCAUGAAAGAUGUUUUACAGUUAACAGCAGCGAUUGUUAUGGCUUCCAGUGCCAAGAAAAAAAAGAUAAGACUCCAAAAGUUUAAAAACAAUAAUUAGAUAGUAGUCUUUUAGUGACAAUUUCACUACGAAACAGAUGAUGAGGCCCAAAUGUCUUAAAGACAAGACAAGAUCUGUAGCAAACAUUUCAAGUGAGUAUACUUACUCCUUUAGUUGGAUCGAAGAGGAGUCUUGAGUUUUUGACACUUCCGUGCACACACGUUUAAUAAACACUUAAAUUGGUUUUCUUCUGGCAUUUUAAUAAUAAACAUUGAAGUUUUGUGUAAAUAAUAGUACACACCGAUGUUCUUUAUUUUAAAGUAUGUUUAAUGUAACAACAUGUUUCCAGAAAACUGUUUCUGUACAUUAAAAGAAAUAAAAGUGGGUUCCCAUGAAUUUUCACGGAAACAAAAAAUUGUUACCGAUAGUUUCCCAUAAUCACUGGACAUGGAACCGAAAAAUUGUUAUCCGUGUGAUUUGAAAUCCUAGGGCUUGAGACAACGUUUUCCCCUAACUUGUGCAGAGUGAAGAAAUCUUGCAAACCAUACUAGAAUGAGCACAAUUCAGUCAAGGUCACUGGAGAAAAAAGCCAAGAAACCAUGUAACAUUGACCUGAAAACUUCCAUGAAAAUCUUGUUCUACUACCCACCUACCUUUUCCUUCAUCUAAUCCUGAUAUCCUAGAAGCUUUCCUAAAAACUUUUCCCACUAAUAUGAAGCCUACUAAAUGCCCAGCAAAAGAAAAAAGAAUGAGGCAAGAAAAACCAAACAAGAGGGGAGAAGCAUAAAGUAAAAGUCAAGACUGCUGUCAGCGUCACUUUUAAACCCCCAAAUCUAAAUUCCUUUCUGCACGUGCCUGAACUUCACAAGCUAAUAUUUUGCAUCUGGAUCAGAAGGAGCGAAUUGUACAACCUGUAAAACAUGGCUUUAUGGUGUAAGUUUUAGCUCUUUGUAGCAGUACAGUGACCAGAAAACCACUCGAAUAACCACAAUGCAUUGCAUUUAACCACACUUUUUACCACAAUGCAUUGCAUUUAAGCAGAGUGCAUUGCGCCACGAACAACUCAAAUAAAAACACGGGGAAGUUCAGUGGNUUUUCCCCUAACUUGUGCAGAGUGAAGAAAUCUUGCAAACCAUACUAGAAUGAGCACAAUUCAGUCAAGGUCACUGGAGAAAAAAGCCAAGAAACCAUGUAACAUUGACCUGAAAACUUCCAUGAAAAUCUUGUUCUACUACCCACCUACCUUUUCCUUCAUCUAAUCCUGAUAUCCUAGAAGCUUUCCUAAAAACUUUUCCCAUUAAUAUGAAGCCUACUAAAUGCCCAGCAAAAGAAAAAAGAAUGAGGCAAGAAAAACCAAACAAGAGGGGAGAAGCAAAAAGUAAAAGUCAAGACUGCUGUCAGCGUCACUUUUAAACCCCCAAAUCUAAAUUCCUUUCUGCACAUGCCUGAACUUCACAAGCUAAUAUUUUGCAUCUGGAUCAGAAGGAGCAAAUUGUACAACCUGUAAAACAUGGCUUUAUGGUGUAAGUUUUAGCUCUUUGUAGCACUACAGUGACCAGAAAACCACUCGAAUAGCUUCAAAACGCAUUUUUUUUGGCAAAAUUUCCAGGGGCAAAUGGGUUAACUCACUCAGGAGUCCUUUAAAUACGCCUUACACUCUAUUUUCAUGAUAAUAAGAGUCAUUGGACUGGAGCACAAUGUCAUAUAAUACCCCUUGUGUUAACAGUCUAGUGAUUACUCUCUUUAUGCCUGGUUGUAUAUUUAUCAGGCUGUACCGUUCCCGGCCAUGAAUCUUUGAUCAACAUACAGUUGCCAAGAUGACUAAGUGUUUAGUUGCUACACGGGAAAUAAGCAACCAAUAAUGUUUUGGUUUUGUGGCAAGAACCAUAAAGCCAUUCUGUCUGGCGAAGUUUGACCAGUGGCUCAAUAAUACCCUUGUCACAGGCCAGAACUUCUUCAAUGUUAUCCUGUUGGCUACUAAAAAAGCCAACAGCAUGGUGUGUACUUCUGUCCUAAUAAUUUGUGUUGAAAAUUGAAGUGUAUAAUUUUUUAGGAAGGAAUUUAAGGACCAUGUAAUAUUUCUAAAAGGCUACUGAGGCCAAACUCCAUCACUACUUUGGCUCACCGCUGCACUCAUGACUACUACUCCACAUGAAACUGGACUGCUUUCCCAGCUAGGGAAGUCCCAGAUUUACACUAGCUAUACAGCUCUUUCUUUUUUAAGUAAGCUUUUGCACAAUUCUAUAUAAAUUUAUGCAUGAUUACAAGAUUAAAGUCACUUUUAUGAGUAAUUAUUACUCAUAAAAGUGACCUCUGUUUCUAUUUUCAGAGGAAAGAAAUCCUUAGAAACUAUUUGUUUGCUGUUAGCGUAUAAAAUCAAGUAUCCUAACAACAUGUUUCUGUUAAGAGGAAAUCAUGAG